UCCCUUUCUUGCAAGCAAGUUAAUCUGUUGAACAUAACGUUUUUCUUUUUGAUGUUCUUGAUAGAUGGCAAUCGAAUUUAGUGCAAAGCUACUGUUCAGUCAUGAUCCUACACAAUCAUCGAAGAAAUUGGGUGAUUUAUUCUCUUCGCUCGUCCAAGGCCUCUUGUCCAUUCCUUUGAAUAUACCGGGUACGAUAUAUCACAAAUGCCUCAAGGAUUGAAGGAAGGCGUUGUCAAUGAUUCGAAGAACCGUGAAAGAUCGCCUUUCCUCCCACGGGAGACUUCACGAUGACUUCCUUUGCCAAGUCAUGCAAGAUAUGAGUAAAGAGAAAUUCUUGACAGAGGAUUUUCUGGUCCAACUCAUAUUUACUCUUCUUUUCGUCACUUUCGAUUCUGUUUCGACGACGUUAACUUUGGCUCUGAUGUUCCUCGAAGAGAACCCUAGAGCGUUGCAAGAAAUCACCGACGAGCACGAGUCAAUAAUAAAGGAAAGAGAAAUUUCGAAAUCCUCGAUCACAUGGAAGGAAUACAAAUCAAUGCCUUUUACCCUUCAAGUGAUCCAUGAAUCCUUGAGGUUGGGAAACAUCUCGCCGGGAUUGUUUAGGCGAACAAAAACUGAUGUGGAAUGGAACGGAUACACAAUUCCGGCACACUGGGGAGUGUUGAUAGCUACUUCCGCUCUUCACUUGAAUCCCGAGACAUACAAAGACCAUCUUACAUUCGACCCAUGGCGCUGGAAGGAAUACGAUUCAGAUGUGAUGCUGAAGAACUUCAUGCCUUUCGGAUCAGGGAUGAGAGAGUGUGCCGGAGCGGAGUACACGAGGGCCUUGCUGUCGAUGUUUCUCCAUGUCCUGGUCACGAAAUAUAGAUGGACGAAUGUGAAGAAAGGCAAUAUUCGGCGCAACCCAAUUCUGAGUCUCGGUGAUGGCUUGCACAUUAAGAUCAUGGAGAGACAGAAGUAG